CUGUGUCGCAGGUACCCAGGCUUCCUGCGGGUGGCGCUGUCGGACCCCCAGCCUGAGAGGAGGUUCGUCAGGCGCUGCUGGGUGACCUUUGACCGCAGCGUCAACAUCAAGGAGACCUGCUGGAACCUUCAGAACAUCAGGCUCAGAGACUGUGAGCUGUCCCCCGUGGUCAACAGAGACCUGUGUCGACGGGUCCGCAGCGUCAACGGACUGACCCACCACAGACCUGUGGUCAGGAACGACAUCCGCCUGUCGGCCCGCCUCAUCCACAGUCUGGACCAGAAGGGACAGCUGUGGACCGGACAGUGAGUGAACACCUGAGGAUGUGUGAGGAACGUCUGGCUCCUCUUCUGUCACCGUCAGAGAAACUGAGUGAAGAAGAAGCUGUUCGCCUCGGGAAGAAAGACCCCGAACAGGAGGUAGAGAAGUUCCUGUUGGCCAACACUCAGGAGCUCAGUAAAGACAAGUGGCUCUGUCCUCUGAGUGGGAAGAAGUUCAAGGCUCCAGAGUUCGUGCGUAAACACAUCCUUAACAAACACGCUGAGAAGGUCACCACAGUCAGACAGGAAGUGGAGUUUUUCAACAACUUCCUGUUGGACGCCAAGAGACCCAGCCUACCUGAGAACAAGCCCCUCCCACCUCCAGCACAAGCCACGCCUCCUGGUAUGACAUCAUUUCCUGCUCAGUUGCCACAGCAGCAAAGCCUUCUGGGAUAUCCUCCAGGGAUCAGACCUCCCAUGCACGCUUUCCCAGGUGUUGGACCUCACAUCCCACCUGGACAGUUUGGAGCAGGGCGGGGGGGCUACGAUGGCUUCAGAGGAGGAGGAGGAGGGUUUCCUGGGAAACAGAGGAACAGCAGGGCUGUGAGAGGAGACCCCCGCUCCAUCAUCGAGUACAGAGACCUGGACACUCCAGACGACCUGGAGUUUUUCUAAAACACCUGAAGUUUUUUUUUUACUUUUUUAUUCCACAUUUGUUGAGUUUGUGUCAGGUGUGUGUGUCAGUUGUGUGUGUCUGUGUGAGACCAGGGUCAGUGAUGUUAACCUGAUGAUUUUUCUAAUAAAGACGGUCUCACAGAA